GCUGGACGCAUCCAUUCAACAACAUUUUCGCUCCCGCAAAGUUUUCUCCUAAUCAAAGUGUAGAUUUUCGGACAGGAGCCCCUGCAGAGAAUGGCGAACAUGCUCGCCACUAGCGUUCUUCUUCUCGCAUUGGCCACCGUCCACCUCAAGGCGGACAGUCCAUGUCUGGGCGAGUUCCAGUAUUGCGAUUCCAGUGGCGAAUGCGUGCUGGACCCGAGUUUGUGUGGAAAGUGCAAACAUGGUGAAUACUUGUGUCUCGACCAGACAACAUGCGUGCAUGAUGUGGAGGGCUACAUGGAAUGCCCGCACCUGAAGGGUGGCUUCUUCGACUGGACCAUGCCGAUGGAGGAGCGUGUGGAGGCGCUGGCAAAGCAGGCGACCGUUGCGGAGCAAAUCGGACAGUUGACGAACGCCGCUCCCGCCAUCGUACGACUCGGCAUACCCGCCUACAACUGGCUGAACGAUGACGAGCACGGAGUGAAGCAGAAGCACGCCACGUCGUUCCCAAACGGCUGUGCCCUGGGUGCCAUGUGGGACAAGCAGACAAUGUACAGGGUGGGAGAGGCGGUCGGCCAGGAGGCACGCGCCCUGCACAAUGGCUUCGUGCAUGAAGGUAACCGUGGUGAGCCCCAUGACAACGGAGUCGGUAUCACAAUGUACGCACCAAACAUGAACCUUGUCCGUGACCCACGCUGGGGUAGAGCGCAAGAGGUCUAUUCCGAGGAUCCAGUGCUCAGUAGCUACCUGACGUACGCGUUUGUCCACGCGGCACAGGUCGGCAAUGGUUCAUCGCCCCGGUACAUGCAGGCGGCUGCCUGCUGCAAGCACUACGCUGCAUACGAUCUGGAAACCGUUCCCGUCGACCGCUACCAUUUCUCGGCUACGGUGGAUGCACGCAACAUGUGGGAGACGUACAUGCCGGUGUUCCGAGCGUGCGUGCACUUUGCGCAGGGUGCGCACGUCAUGUGCAGCUACAACGCCAUCAAUGGUGUGCCGACCUGCGCCGACAAGGGCCUGCUGUCCGGCAUCCUGCGUGACCAGUGGCACUGGCCAGGGUUCGUCGUCAGCGACUAUGACGCCUGGGCGCAGAUCUACGAGACGCACGCCUACUGCCCCAACAUGACCUGCGCCGCGGCGGCCGGCCUCAACGCCGGCAUGGACCAGGAGGGCGGCGGGAACCGCGCCAUCGCUCAAAUCCAGCCCGCCAUCGACGCCGGCAUGACGACCAAGGACGCCGUGGAGGCGGCGUUCAAGCGACUGUUCCUCGUGCGCCUCAAGCUCGGCAUGCACGACCCUCCGCACAUGGUCGAGUGGAACUACCUGCGUAAUUCGAGCAUCGUCGAGAACGACUCUCACCUGGCCCUGGCACGGUACUCUGCGCAGCAGGCUAUGACGCUCUAUCACAACGUCAACGGUGCACUACCGCUGUCUAAAUCACUAAAGAAAGUUGCCGUCAUCGGCCCGAGCGCCGUCAAUGGACCCCUGCUGCUCGGCAACUACGCCAUCGUGCCCGACCGCGGAGUCCCGUCCAUUGUGGACGCAAUGCAGGACGCUCUCGGCGUCAAUCCCGGCAAGUUUGUCGCGAAAUGCGGCGAGAUCGAGGAGGAUGUCAGCUACUGCUCCGGUCCAGCGUGUCCUGCCACGCCAUCGGCGAGCCUGGAAAACUGCUGCUGGCAGUGCGGCAUGAACGAGGGCUGCACGCAUUACACGUUUCUGAACUACACCUGCGCUCAACUGUCGUCCACGGCCGGAAAGCACUCCGUUCCCGGCGGCAAAUCGGCACCGUGCAUGUCACACUACGAGCACAAGGUGGCCUGGGCUGGAGGGUGCGACGACGUGGCAUGCGAGAGCACGCGCGGCUUUGGUGAGGCCGUAACCGUGGCGAAUGGUUCCGACGCUAUUGUUCUGGUGCUGGGCCUGGAUCUGGUGCAGGAGCGUGAGGGACACGAUCGAGCCACCAUUGAGCUUCCCGGUCAUCAGAAUGAUCUGUUCACUACGCUGCGCCAUGCGUACCCGCACACUCCCCUCGUUGUCGUGCUCGUGCACGGGGGAACUAUGGCGCUGGGGAACAUCACGACUCAGGCCGAUGCCAUCCUUGAUGCUUGGUAUCCCGGUAUGGAGGACUUGCCGGCAAUGGGUAACACCAAUCUCUACCCGAACAAUGGAUCCAAAGGUAUAACAUACCGAUACUUUACUGGAGAAGUGCAAUACCCGUUCGGUUAUGGACUGUCCUACACCACGUUCAAGUAUUCUGAACUGAGCCUGUCCAAAACAACAGUCAAGGCAUGUGACUUUGUGAGCGUGACAGUUCGUGUCACCAAUACGGGUGAAAUGGAUGGUGAUGAAGUUGUCCAGGUGUACGUGGAACAGCCGCAUGCCUCAGUCCCAGUGCCACGUAUUCGCCUGGCCAACUUUGAGCGCGUCGGCAUUCCCAAGGGCCAAAGUGCGCAGGUCGAGCUGCAGAUCAGUCCGCAUUUCCACGCCAUUGUGCCCGACUCAGCCAAGGACAUCUACGAGGACAGCCCAAUGGUUGAAGCCGGUGUUGUCACCGUUCAUGUCGGCGGAGGACAGCCUGCCUACUAUCCGGGUCACUUGACCACCACGUUCACAGUCUCCGACACGCAGAAACUAUCCACAUGCUGAAAAAACCAAUAUUAAUUGUUAUGAUAUUUCCUGCUUUGCCUUGCUGGCCAAGUGGUAUUUCUAUUUUUUUUACUAGCACAAUAGAUCCCUAGUGAAGUAGUUGCAGCAGUGUGCUUAAAAACCCACAUGGUAGAAUAGCCUUGGUAUAUUUGGACAUAUAUAAAUAAAUUUCCUUUAACCCGUCCAAAUAACAUGUUUAGUACUGCA